CAAUUGUUUCCGCUGCCUGUACGCAAACAAGCGAACCCUCCGUCGACAAACAACCAUUCGCCAUCGCGGAUUCAUACUCACUUGCUGCCUCACGUAACAUUGCGACUGCCGCUGCUUCCAAGAUCAGGAGAUUCACUUUCAAUGGCGGACUACGACCGCAGGGGCGGCGGCAGCAGCUACAAUCCCAAGAAGCGCCGCUACCGAGACGAUGACGACUACGACCGGCGCGGGCCCCGGCGCCGCUACGACGCCCCGCCUCACGUUCGCGUGCGCAAGCAGCUCAUAGCCAUCGCCGAGAAUCCGAUGCGGCCGUGGCACGAAGAGGUGGCGUCGAUCGCGACCCUCUUCACCGACAACUGGGAUGACGAGCUGCUGCGCACCAACUUUGUCGACCUGGUCCUCCAGCUGGCCGUCGAGCAGCCGCUCAAGACCCCCUUCGUCGCCGCCGUCGUCCUGCUCGCCAACGCCACCCGCCCCGAGGUCGUCGACAUGCUGCUGGCCAAGCUGGCCCGUCUCGUCGAGGAGAAGAUCGGCCUGGGCGAGUGGAGGGAGGUGAAGCUGUACCUGAAGCUGCUGGCCUGUCUGCAGGGGUGCCUCGAAGGCGAGGGCGUGUUCCCCCUGCUGGAGGAGCUAUUCGCGAGGGCGGUGGACCUGCAGACGGCGAGCUCGGAGGAUACAAUCGGUACCGAGAUCGUCAAGAUCAUCCUCCUGACGUUGCCGUACGUCAUGGUCGCCGCGCCCGGCCAGUGGGCGCAAAAGGCGGCGGACCUGAUGGAGAAGACGGAGAUCAUCGCCUCCGAGCCACACACCUUGCAGGCGCUCAUCGAGCCGUAUCAUCCGGAAGCUGGCGACGAGAACCCGCCCCAGUCGCAGAGCCUGAUCGUGCUGCUGCAGACCCAGCUGCAGAACGAGGCCAACAACGGAUGGACCUUGUCCUGCUUGCCGAGGCCGUGGGAGUUCCCGGUGGGAGAGGUUGAGCAGCGGUCGAAGCUCGAAGAUGCCGCCAAGCAUGCGCUCCCCCCCAUUGCCAUUCCCAAGACGGUCGUUGCCGGGCCACGGCCGCUGUUCCCCGAGAUAUACUUUUCGGUCUACGCAAAUCAGGAAGUCGAAUCGGUGCCGCCUCUGAACAACGUCGCUGCGUCCCUGAUCCGGGAUGCCCUCCUGGACACCAUCAACGUCCUCGACUUCAACCGCAACGUCACCGCGCGGCACCUGAUCGACCUGGACUGCUACUUCGCCCCCCGGACGUUUGCCGCUAGGGCUACGCCCUUCGAUAAGCUCCGCGAUAUCGAGCCGCCCAAGUCGACAUGGAAGCCGGAAGACGUCGCGGUCGAUGCCGUCUUCUCCCAGCUGUUUCAGCUGCCGAACCCGGAGCAGAAGCUGGUUUACUACCACUCCGUCCUCACCGAGGCAUGCAAGCUCGCCCCGGCAGCGAUAGCCCCGAGUUUAGGGCGCGCCAUCCGCUAUCUCUACCGGAACUCGCCUCGCCUCGACCUGGAGCUCGCGACCCGCUUCCUAGACUGGUUCUCCCACCAUCUUAGCAACUUCGGCUUCACUUGGAAGUGGACCGAGUGGGUGGAUGAUGUGUAUCUGCCAGACGUGCACCCUCGCAAGGCUUUCAUCCUAGGGGCCAUCGACAAGGAGAUCAGGCUCAGCUUCGCGCAGCGCAUCAAGAAUACCCUGCCGGAUCCGUACAAGGAGCUGAUCGGCCCAGAAAAGGAGAAGGAUACGCCGGAUUUCAAGUUCGCCAGCGACGACACUCCCUUCGCAGCCGAGGGUCGCGAAAUCGCCGGUCUCCUCAAGCGCAAAGCCGACGACGAGGAGAUCGAGGCCGUGAUCCAGCGCAUCCAGUCGCAGGCCAUCGACCGCGAGAUCGACGCCCUCGUAGCGAGCACCGACGUCUUCGUGACGUGCGUCCUGCACGUCGGCAGCAAGUCACUCUCCCACGUCCUCGCAGCCAUCGAGCGCACCAAGGACCGGCUUGCCGACGCGGGCGCCGCCUCGGACGCCGCGCGCUCCCAGAUCAUCACGGCCACCAUGGCCUACUGGUCCGCCCACCCGGGCGUCGCCCUCCGCAUCAUCGAGAAGCUGCUCAACUACAGCAUCCUGACCCCGGAGACGGUCAUCAACUGGGCCCUGGUCGGCCGCGCGGGCAGUACCCGCGGCGAGGCGCUCUCGGUCGCCUACAUGUACGAGAUGGUCUUCAACACCGUCGUCAAGGUCACGGGCCGCGUGCGCCAGCUCGUCACCAAGCCUUCCUCGCCCGCCUCGGCAGAAGACGCCGAGGAGGAGGCGGCCACGCGCGAUCGCGAGAUCAAGGCGAUGCGGGCGUUGUUUGCCACCAUCGAGGACGCCCUCUCGUCGUGGGCGACGGGCAGCAAGGACGAGAUGAUGGAGGCGAGCGAGGGCGAGGGGAACGGCGAGGGCGAGCGGCUGGUGCGGAGGUGGGCUGAGCGCUGGCUGCGCGUCUUUCGGCGGCGGGCGGCAAUCGAGGAGGCGUUCCUCGCCGAGGCGGAGAAGGAGCGGACGAGAAAGGCGCAGCAGGAGGAGGCGUCGGGCGGGCCGCAAGGGCCGGGGGAGGCACAGGGGCAGGAGGGGCCAGACGGGAAAGAAGGGUCGAUGCAGGUGGACACUGAAGGGCCGGUCGUUGCUUAAAGGAGACGAUUGGGAGCGGAUUUUUAUUUUAUGUUUUUUUUUUUUUUUUUUCCCUUUCGGGUUGUUGCGCUGGCCAGGCCCGGCCGAGCCGCGAAUGCUAUCUGGGAGAGGGCUGCCGCCGGCGGUUGUACUUUGUUGACUUGUAUUAUUUUGCGACAACUGGGCAGCACUUGUAGAGCGCUUCUCGGAACUGGUAGCGGAAAAGAAUGGGAAAGGCCAGAGAGAGAGAGAGAGAGAGAGAGAGAGAGAGA